GUUUUACUGAUGCGUUGUGACGUUAUUUUUAGAGGUCUCGCGAGAAGGAAGACGGACGCCAUUAUCGUGCAGGGCGAGAAAAAGCGAGGUUAACUAGCUGAAAACUUGUCUGGAGGCAGGAUGGCAGGUGAACAGCUGACAGAUGUGGUGCAGCUGGCUGUCAGUGAGAUUGCUACAGGUGAGCUGACAGAGGAAGAACCGUCUGCCAAACGGAUGCGGCGGAUGGAAAUCGUCAUGCCAGAGACCCAGUCAGAGAUCAGUAGGGAGGAGUCCAGCUCUAUCAAAUCCAUCUUGUUCAACAUGAACAAGGCCAUCUGCCUGCGUCUUGAGGGGAUUGAGAACAAGGUGGAAGGGCUGAGUAACCGCACCAAGGUUCUGGAAGACAAGGUUGACGGGAUCGUACAGACAGUGAAGGAGCUGGGAAACAGGCCUUCUGUCACAACCCCCACCACCUCACGGAAACAGCACCACACCCCUCGCAGACAGAGUACCAUUGUCAUCGGACUCCCGGCAAAUUCAGGGAACCAGUCACAGAGCCAGGACCAAAGCCUAUCUACCCACAGUACAGAUAAUGAAGAUGACGUUCCUACUCCAAUUCCAACAAGACUCCAAGAAAAUGGAACAGAGGAAAUAGAUGAUGUGUGUCUCACAGCCGGGGCGACCGUGGCCGUAACAGACUCCAAGAUGAAGGACGAAAGUGGAGAGGUAGAGGAUGAACAGGGCAGGAGCACGGGACAGCGCUUUGGUCCAAACGUACAGUUUAUCACCCUCAACUCUGAAGAUGACUACCCAGGGGGAACCUGGCUGGGCGAUGAAAACAACAUAGAGAUGAGAGUCAGAUGCCCCAUCACACCCUCAGAUCUGCUGCACAUCCACCAGACGUGUCGGACUGCAGAGCGGAUGGCCCUGAUCCUGCUGGACUAUCUGUUUGACAGGGAGACUCAGGCCAUGUCCAAUAUCUCAGGCAUGGGCAGGCACGGCAAGAAGCAGCUGGACCCACUCAUGAUAUACGGCAUCAGAUGCCACUUGAUCAGCAAGUUUGCGAUCACAGACGCCGACUGGCACAGGAUCAAACAGAACAUCGACUCCAAGUGUCGGACGUCCUUCCGGCGUAGGCAGCGGGGACAGCCGCUCACGGUGAAGGCGUUCGCCCGCAAGCUGCCCAGCAACAUGCACACGGUGUACGCACAGGAGCUGCACACAGUACACCCAGAGACACAGGCAGACCAGCUAUCACAGUUGGCAGUCAAUCAGGGUGACAUGGAGGUUCACAUCCAAGGGACAGCCAUCCAGCCGGGAGACACUGUGGCUGUCACGCAGGGCAACCAAGUACACCACCUCCAUAUCACACAGGCUGACGGCCACCAUGUCACAGUUGCAGAUGGCACACAAGUACACCAUGUGCAGAUUACGCAGACGGCAGAUGGACAACAGGUUGCAAUCCCCCAGGUGCUUCAGCCAGGUGAAGAAGUGACGAUACAGCAGGUAGCCAUGCAGCCAGGUGCCAUGUCCAUCGACUCCCAGCCCACCGCCCUACAUGGCAUGGAGACUACAGAAAUACACAUUCAGGAGGGGCAGAUACAGCAGAUCCAGCAGCCCGACGAAGUGCAGAUCCAAGAGAUCGAAGGUCAGGAGGUCAGCAUGCCUCAGUGACCUCCAACAUCGCGGAGUCCCAACCUGUACCAGCCUGUCUGCAAAUUGUAGCUUGUUUGUGCAUUUUGUCCAGACUUUCCCCGUCUUAUUUUUUGUGUGUGUGUUUCUGUACUGCCUGUUGAGGGCUCCAGACUCACAUUUUGACUUACGUGUAGUAGCACUGUUGCUCCCAACCAAAACAGUUGAACUCAACAGGAACAAUCUAGGUGCACCAUAUAUGGCCUCCUUUGAUAAAUAUCACCAUGAUGGUAAACUCCUAAUACAUCAGGCUGAAAAUCGUAUUUCUAGCCUAAAACAAAGUCUUCCAAAGUCAAAGAAGAAAUGAAAGAACAAAAAUAUAAAAUCUUUUUUUUGUGUUUCCUGUCUUUUUUUUCAGACAGGCCCCGUGCUGGAAAUUGUGACAUUAGCACAAUGUUGAUAUUCAUGAAUUAUGACUACAGGGAGAGCCUGUUAUUCAAUUUCCACCAAUAACCCCAAACAAUACAAGUAUUUGCUUCCAAGUUGUAAAUAAACUCUCCAUUUAGAUCAACCAUUGAAAAUUUAUCUUCAGAUGCACAUCUAUAACAGUUAUGACAGUUAAGUACUAUAAAUCACUUUAUAUUCGCAGUGCUUUUAGAAUUCAUGUUUUUCACGGUCACAUAUGUACUGUG